AUGGACUCCACGAUAGUUAAAGAAGCACGAGCCACAGCGUUGACGUUUCUUCGAAUAUUUGGACUCGUGAUUCCGCUCGCCAUAACACGAACGGGACUCUAUCUAACGACAACGAUAUCCUCAUCGAUCUUUGUACUUUUACCUUUAUCGAUAAUAACCUAUCACAAAUACUACACGACGUUGAUCCCCUUGGCCAACUCCCCCAUUAUUCCCUUGAACUUCAAGUUUGAGCCACACCAACUCCCAUCGUACGAGAAUGCCACCAUGGUACCCUCCUAUCCCUUUUCACACCACUCAUCUACUUCAUCUUCGCUAUACCUAUCGAAUCUCAUCUCGCCGCAGUUCCCAAAUUACGAGUUUGACGAGUCGUCACCUUACAUCUUCAAAAUCAGACUCUCGAUCCAAUGCCCCAGUACGUUCUACGCCUCCCUUUCCUCGCUACCACCACCACAACCACCACAAUCACUAGCAUCACCAUCAUCAUCGUAUCAGUCUCUGCUCGAGACGCCGCCGUUGCUCUCCAAGAUCCAAUACACGUUGCAGAAUCCCCUGGUGUUCAAACAAGGCACAUUCAUACUCAACUGCGACCCAAUGACGUUAUACCAGCUGAAAAACUCCAUCGUGCCAUACAACUUGCGGUUCUGGACCCCGCCGAAACUCUCAAAUUUGGAGCAAUCUACAAUUAUCGAGUUUGGGUCGUUUGAAAUCAUGGGCGACAAAUUGCAAGACUCCAAGAAUUUCCAAGACUUUGUGCUUGUGUUGAACCACGCUGCUAAUUACAUCAUUGAAGAUGGAUCGACGCAAGUCUGGUUCGAGAUUAAGUGGACCGGGUUCAGGUUUUACUUGGUCAAGUACUACUACUUGUUCUAUGUCGUGGGCACCUUGGGGUUCUUCUUGGUGUCGCUUGCUGUCUCGGUUCUCACGGGGUACGGCAUGUUGUGGAUGAAUUAUAGGAACAGCACUGCGAAAACCAAGCUGGUUCCUAUGAAAGCGGAACCCAGAGUCAAGAUUGAGCGGACCUACUAG